AUGGGACAAAUUCUUAUUGGCUUGAAGCUUUCUUGUGAUAUUAACAUCUUAAAACCAGUCGUACAACCCGCAUUGAUGCUAACUAAAUGUAAUUUCUAUAUAGGGACAAAGGACGAAAUCAUGAAAAUUCUGAAGCGUUUUUGAAAACUUCCUUUUAAUCGUGGGUUUUUCUUAUCAAAAGGAAGUGUCAAAGUGCUAGCAUUAAAUACUCCAAUGGAAGGCUUGGAGUGCCAGAUUUUUAAAUGCUUUGCAAGAGGAAGCCCACCGAAACUAAACGCAUUAGAGCUUAUGAGCGGCAUUCUUAUAUAUGGCUCUAUAAGUAUAGAGCAAAAAGCAAAACUUACGAUCAGGCUUUUUGAUUUUGAUGGAAAUGGAUCGAUAUAACUUAAUAGAGAAACUUAGCAAAGGGAAAUAUAAAAAAUAAAAUUAUUAUAGUUUAUAGGAUAUGGUUUAACUAUUGAUGAAUGCGCAAUGAUGUGCACUGCAUUUCUAAACGCAAUCGGGUGCAUGACUUCAGCUCGGAUGCCUCCUGUAACAGAAAUAUAUGACAUAACUGAAGCAAUUUUCGAUACAAUAGACCAAGACAGUUCUCAUGAAAUCAGCUAUACCGAGCUCGUCGCAAUGAUCCAAAGCAUAAGGGAUUUAUUUUUUCUGCUUAGAGCUCCUGAAAUAAAAUCAUCGUCUUAUCAAUUUCAAUUACCCCCAGUUGUGUCAUUAAAAUCUAGAAUGGUCCGAAGCUCGACUCCUAAUAAAAGAAUCAGCAUAAAACACAAUGAUCUUCAUUUAUACCCAUUUACUAUGAAUUUUUCCUAUAAAAAAUCAUGCUAAAUUAGUCUAAAAAAUCAAUAUAAAAUAGUAUAAAAUUAAACACGACUAAUAAAAGCCCAAGAAUUAAAGUAAAAUCUUUCACUGAUAGAGAGCUGAAUGGAAGCAAAGAAAGGUUUAUGUUUGUCAAUGGGAAUUAUAUUACAAAGCUAUGAGUGACAGAAAUUAAAAAAGAAUUCAUAAGGGUCGAAAACAAAAAAACGAACCUGGUUAACGUUGAAAUUUUUGCGCAGCAGCUGAAGCAUAACGAUUUAACGAAAUUUUCGGCAGAAAAAUUGAGCAGUUUUACGAAUGAAAUUGCGAAUUUCCAAGAAGUUCUGGAAAUAUUAUGUGAGGGAGCAACGAGAGACCAAAUCCAUAGGAUGCUGAGUUGGGCAGACGAAAUUGAGCCUGUAAAAAAUGGUGAAAUCGUCAGAAGGGACUCCAGAAGAAGACUAACAAUCCAUUCUGUUAAAAAUCUAAAGCAGCUUUUUGAUUUUUAUGAUAAGAAAAAGCUUGGAGAACUUGGUUUAAGAGAAAUAAAAGACGCAUUCAAGCAUAUUUUAAAUGAAGAACUCAUAGAAAGCAUUUUUAAAGCACAUGACGAAAACGAUAAUAAGACGAUGGAUUUCGAAGAAUUCGUUAAAAUGAUGAUCCCUACUGAUACAUUGAUUUCGGAAGAUAUUUAUUAUAGAAUACAAGCUAAUUUAGCAUAA